CUGCCUUCGGCACACGGCUGAGCCGCCGCCCCGGGGGAUCUCAUGGGCUGCGUGCUGGAAGGUACCCCUGCUCCUCCUCGUGCUCUCCCCGACAUGCUGCAGCUGAUCAACACACCGGACAAUGACUUUUCGGGGCUGUUCGAUGAGCCGUUUGCUGCCUCUGACAGCACAGUGUCCCCGGGGCUCCCUCCAGCCCCCACCAGCUACCUGGGGCCCAGCAAUCCACCGCCCACCGGCAAUGUGUUCCCGGCCCCCCCCGUGCUGUCAACAUUCACCCCACAGUCCCCCACCCCGCUCCUGCCAGCUCCCGGCCCCCCAGCAGCACUGGGGGUGAAGGAGGAACUUGCGGCCGUGCCCAGCAGCCAGCCCCAGCCCGGCGUAAUGCUGGCCCCCAGCUUCGUCCCCGCAUCCCCUGGGCAGUUCAGCCCCCAGCCUAUGGUGGGCUUCCAGAGCCAGCACAGCUUCCCUGCUGUUCAGCCUGGGGGGGCUGCGCAGAGCCCCCUGCCCACCCCACAGCCAGCCCAGCCCGUGACACUGCCUGGCCCUGUGCAGAGCGUGGCACCGCAGCAGCUCCUGGCACCCAGCCCCGCUGCCACCACCCAGCCCGUGUCACCCCAGAUCCAGCCGGUGCCGGUGCUGCUGCAGCCCCACUUCAUCAAGGCAGAUUCCCUGCUGCUGACAGCCGUCAAGACAGAUGCUGGCAGUGCCAAGACUUCCACCAUCACCUCUUUGGCCACCAACAGCACCGCGGCUCCACUGCAGGUGCCGGCUCUGGUGAGUGGGGGUACCAUCCUGGCCACGGUGCCACUGGUGGUGGACGCUGAGAAGCUGCCCAUCAACCGGCUGGCGCCCAGCGGGAAGGCAGCGCUGCUGCAGAGCAAAGGGGAGAAGCGGACGGCGCACAACGCCAUCGAGAAGCGCUACCGCUCGUCCAUCAAUGACAAGAUCGUGGAGCUGAAGGACCUGGUGGUGGGCACCGAAGCCAAGCUCAACAAGUCGGCGAUCCUGAGGAAGGCCAUCGAGUACAUCCGCUUCCUGCAGCAGAGCAACCAGAAGCUGAAGCAGGAGAACCUCAGCCUGAAGAUGGCCGUGCAGAAGAGCAAGUCCCUCAAAGACCUGGUGGCCUCCUGCGGUGCCGGCCCCAAGGCGGAGGCGCCCAUGGAGGUGGCGAAGGCAGAGGUGAUGGAGAUGCUGACCCCACCGCCCUCGGAUGUGGGCUCCCCAUCCCGCGGCAGCCCGCUCUCGCUCAGCGGGGGCAGCAGCAACAGCAGCAGUGACUCCGAGCCUGACAGCCCCCUCUGCAACCACAGCAAGGUGAAGCAGGAGCACCCACCACCCUCACCUGGCAGCCAGGGGAUGCUGGACCGCUCCCGAAUGGCCCUCUGUGCCUUCGUCUUCCUCUGCCUCUCCUUUAACCCCCUGGCCUCCCUGCUUCGCGGCUCCAGUGCCCCAGCACCAUCUGGGAGCCUGGGUACUGCUGGUCCUGGAAGAAGCAUCAUGGCUGAGUCUGGCACUGCAGAGGAGCCGUGGGGAUGGUCACAGUGGCUGUGGCCCACACUGGUGUUCUGGGGCCUGAAUGUGGCCCUGGUGCUGGGAGCUGUGGUGCGGCUCUUCGUCUACGGGGAGCCAGUCACCCCUCCGCACUCCGAAUCCUCUGUCCUCUUCUGGCGGCACCGCCGGCAGGCGGACCUGGACCUCGACCGGGGGGAUUUCGCACAGGGGGCCCAGCACCUGCGCACAGCACUGGGGGCUCUGGGCCGCCCGCUGCCCGCCUCCCACGGGGACCUGGCCUGCAGCCUGCUGUGGAGCCUGCUCCGCCACCUGCUCCAGCGCCUCUGGGUGGGCCGCUGGCUGGCUGCCCGCGCUGGGGGGCUGCGCCCAGACCCCCCGCCCCGCGCCCACGUCCGACAGAGCGCCCGCAAUGCAGCCAUGGCCUACCACCGCCUGCACCAGCUGCACCUGGCUGGGAAGCAGGCCGGGGGGCACCUGCUGGCCAUCAACCUGGCACUCAGUGCCGUCAACUUGGCUGAGUGCGCCGGUGACGCCGUCUCGGUGGCUGCGCUGGCUGAGAUCUACGUGGCGGCCGCACUGCGCAUCAAGGCCAGCCUGCACCGCUGCUUCCACUUCCUGGCUCGCCCCUUCCUCUGCAGUGCCCGCCGCGUGGCCCUGUCCCAUGGUGGGGCUGUGCCCCCCGCCAUGCAGUGGCUCUGCCACCCGUUGGGUCACCGCUUCUUCGUGGACGGGGACUGGGCCAUCAAGGGCGUUCCGAGAGAGACCAUCUACAGCUCUGCCGGUGACCCAGUGGACCCGUUGGCGCAGGUGACCCAGCUCUUCCGUGAGCACCUCCUGGAGAAGGCGCUGUACUGCGUGGCCAUGCCCGAACCUGGCCGUCCUGCUGCCCAGGGAGAGGGGCGGUUUUCGGACGCGUUGGAGUACCUUCAGCUGCUCAAUGGCUGCUCCCAUGCCAGCAGCAUGCCUGGCCCCACGCCCUCCAUCAGCUCCGGCCUGGCGGCGGUGACAGGCACCGACCCUGUGUCCAAGUGGUGGGCAUCCCUCAUUGGCACGGUCAUUCACUGGCUGAAGGGUGAUGAGGAGGGGGCUGAGCGGCUCUACCCGCUGGUGGAAGCCAUGCCCCGGGCACUGCAGAGCUCUGAGAAGCCCCUUCCCCGUGCUGCACUGCACUCCUUCAAGGCGGUCCGGGCCAUGCUGAACAAGCAGGACGGCAGCCAGGCCAGCCUGAGCCACUGUGAGAAGGCCAGCAGCUGCCUGCGGGAGAGCCUGGCUCUGCAGCCCCCCAAGUGCACCAUCGACAAGGCGGUGCAGCUUCUACUGUGCGACCUGCUCCUGGUCACCCGCACCAACCUGUGGCAGCAGCAGAUGAGUGCCAGCCAGCAGCUGCGUGGCACCUACCAGGCAUCUGCCCUGGAGCUCCGUGGCUUCCAGCAGGACCUCAGCAGCCUACGGCGCCUGGCACAGACUCUGCGGCCUGCCAUGCGAAGGGUGUUCCUGCACGAAGCCACCGCCAGGCUGAUGGCCCGCGCCAGCCCCACUCGCACCCACCAGCUGCUGGACCGCAGCCUGCGGAGGAGAGGGGUGCAGGGCAGCAAGGCAGCCGGCGAGCCGGAGAGCCACCCCACGCCGCGGGAGCACGCCGAAGCACUGCUGCUGGCCUGCUGCUACCUGCCCCCCAGCUUCCUCUCGGCCCCCGGGCAGCGUGUGGGGAUGUUGGCUGAGGCCGCCCGCACGCUGGAGAAGCUGGGGGACAGGCGGACACUGCACGACUGCCAGCAGAUGAUCAUCAAGCUGGGCAGCGGCACCACCGUCACCUCGGGCUAGCGGGGGAUGUGGGCACGUGCCACCUGUCCCCCCCCACCCCGUGCCAUAUGAGUGAUGGCGACGUGCGUGCCUCGGUGUCCCCCUCUCUCUGAGAUGGUGUCAGGGUGCAGUUCUUAAGGUGACGGACGGGAGCGGCGGGGUGACGUCCCGUGUCACCAUCCGCUGUGGGUGCUGGGCGUACAUCCCAGCGCGGGCACCCUGCUGGCUGUCCCUGUGCCCGGCGCAGUUGGGUGACGGGACGUGGGGACCUCUAGUGACACUGUCACAGUAUUGCACGGCACUGGGGUUCCUCCUCCCAGUGCCCGCCACCCCCCUGCAAAACCCCAGCGCGAGGCUGGGGCCGUCCUCACCCCAGUCUGCUGCGUGACCCUGCCCCUCCCCGUGGGUCCCACAGCACGAGGCUGGGGGGGAGGACACACCUCAGCACUGUCCCCACUAGGGGAGAGCGGGAGGGUUUGCCCCGCGGUGGCAGCUAAGAUGGCACCGUAAGGUGCCCGUGGUAGGAAAGAGGGGCCCCCCCGCCCUCCCCCAGCACUGCCCAUUCCCCCCAUUAGGAGCUGUGCCCCCCCUGCAGCCCAACCCCACGCGCUUUGGGAGAAGGGGUGGCUCUGGGUUGGGAUGUGGAGGACUGGUGGGUGCCCCCAUCCCCUUGCUGUGCCCCUACUUUGUAUAUAGCUCCCCGCUGUGCCCCACUUCACCCUUAUCCCCCUCCCCCCCUCCCUUGCCUUUUUAAACGGUAUUUUCAUAGCUGCAGAGUUUUGUACAGUGAAUUAAAGCCAAUUAUUUAUACUGUCGUGUGCUGGACUGGGGGUGCGGGUUUGACACAUGGAGGGGGGCACAGAGCAUAACCUACGGGUCCUGCCUUCCCCCCAGCGUGAGGCUGCGCAGGAUGGGGGGGGCAAGGGCGGCAGGGAUGGGGACAUUGGCUGCCAGAGAGACCCCAAAUGCACCCUCCAUUCACAAGACCUCCCCCGUACCUCAACCCCAUGUUUGUGUCCCCCCGCCCAAGCCCGAGCUCACUAUGAGACCUUUGGUCCAGGGGACAAAGGGACACUUGGCCAUCCGCCCACAGGAGGAACACAGGCCACGAGCAGGGCGCAGAGUACUUCCAAAACAAUCGUUGUAUCUUUAUUGACGCUCUGAAUGCAAUGACCUGUUUUUUACUCUUAAGGAAAAUAAACAUCUUUUAGAAACA